AUGGAACGUAGACAAUUAACCACAAAUGAUUGUGCAGCUUAUGUUAACUGUCGUAUUUCAUAUUUUAUUUCUUGGGACACAGAUAUCUCGACUUUGCAAUGUAAAGAGGUAUUUGUGGAAACAUUAGAGGAAUUUCCUGUUCCAAUUUCGGCUUAUCAUAAUUUUGUACGUAAUACUUUUUUGUUAAGUUAUUGCUGUAUUUGUAAAAAGAGACUUUUUUACGGAUAUCAUUGCACAACUUGCAAUAGAAAAAUUCAUAGAAAAUGUAUAGCCUAUGCACCUGUACUCUGUGAACGAGUAAAAAGAUGGAAAGCUUAUUAUCAAAGGUUAUUAGCUAAUAAUGCAACUACUGGAAUUUUGCAAGUUCGUUACGAAGGAAGAAAUACACCUCCAACCCCUUCGACUCCUCAGACAUCGAGAAAACAAACACAAAUAGUUUCUAUUUCUACACCGAAUGUUUCUAUGAAUAAGUCUUCUGGAUUUUCGCAAAUAUGUAAGAAAAUAGAAAAUUCAGUUUCUCAAGGAUUAUUUAAAAAAUGGAAGCAGAGACCAAACAGUAGUUUGACUGAACCAAUCAUCGGCCAUUUAGAAGAUUCAACAAAAAUGGAUGAAAAUAUUCAAAUUGAUUUAAAAAUGAAGCAAACAAAUGAAGCAAGCCUUGAUGAUUCCGAUGACGCUGACAACCAAUCAAUGCAGAACACUGGAAACAAUCAAAUUGAUUUAAAAAUGAAGAAUAUAAAUUCUGAUGAUACUGUAAAACAGUCGAGAAAGAACAAUGGACAUAUUCAUAUUAAUUUAAGAAUGAAGCAAGAAGAAUCUAAUGAUUCUAUAAACCAAAAGACUUUAGUUGAUUUUGUUGCUGCAAAAAAGAAUAACAAAAAACGUGAUAGAAAACGUGCAAAACGUACAAAUGAGACAGAGCGUGCAGAGUCUGAUGAUUCUGAUAAAAGUAUCUUUAGUAAAAAUGAUUCUAUUAAAGAUUGGAAAAUUCCACCAAAAGAAAUUUCAUUUGGAUCACGUUGUAUCAGUAAACCUCAUUUUGCGAUUAUUACGCAAUGGUGCGACGGUUCAUCUUUAUAUGAUCAUUUGCACGUUAUGGAACAUAAAUUUUAUCCAUUAACAAUAAUUUUUAUUUGCAAAGAGGUUUCCGAAGGUAUGGAAUACUUACAUUCCAAAGAUAUUUACCAUCGGGAUUUAAAGAGUAAUAAUAUCUUCUUUCAAAAUGGACUUCAUGUUAAAAUUGGUGAUUUUGGUCUCGCAGCAUUAAAAAAUGAAAAAGACAUUGUUGGACAGAUCCGUCAGCCAGCUGGUUCUAUUCUUUGGAUGGCACCGGAAGUCAUUAGAAUGCGUGAACCAUUUCCAUAUAGUUUUAAAUCUGACGUCUAUUCAUUUGGUAUAGUAAUGUAUGAAUUAUGCACUUGUGAAUUACCAUAUCGUGAUAAGGGUUACGGCAAAGAUCAAAUUUUGUACAUGGUAGGGAAAGGUGAUCUGCGUCCUGAUUUGACAAAAAUACGUCCUGAUAUACCUAAUGCACUCCAAAAACUUUUAAAAAGAUGCAUUUCUUUUGAAAGGGAAUAUCGACCAGAAUUUUUGGAAAUUUGCAAGAUACUAGUCAAACUUUAUAGGAGGACACCAAAAAUAAGAAAAACAACUUCCGUACCAAGUUUAACUGACGAAUUGCCUGAUACUUAUAUUGAGAAAGAGGAUCAAAUUCGAAACUUUCCUGAAUGUUUUGUUGAGCCAGACACACGACAAGAAUUGAAGAAUGAUCGCCCGGACUGGUCAGAUUUGCAACAAGAAUAG